UUCAAUGCGAAAUUCUGUUAAACACAACAAGCAACAAAAUAAAGUUCAGGAAGCAUCAAAGGAUCUAACUAGCGGCGGUGGGGUGGAAUCUUCUGUCGAACCUCAAAUUCAAAAAAAUGAAGAAAUCACAAAAAAGAACACAAGUAAAGGUAAUGGAAAAAAGUUUAAUAAAAGUGAAUAUAUGAAAAUUUACCGUCAAAACAAUAAGGAAAAGAAUCGAGAAUACUUUCGAAAUUACUAUAAAAAUAAUAAGGAAAAGUGGAAGGAAUAUGAUAGAAAAUGCAUCCAAAAUGAAGAAAAAAAACGAGAAAGUUUCCGAAAUUACUACCAAAAUAAUAGAGAGAAGAAACGAUAAUAUUAUCGAAAAUAUCGAGAAGCUAAUAAAGAAAAGAUCCGAGAAAAUGAACGGAAUUACUACCAAAAUACUAAAGAAAGGAGGAGGGAAUGUAAUCGGAAAUACCGAGAAAGAAGAAAAAAUAAA